AUGGCAAAGCGAGGUUUGACUCCAGGUGGAAACAUGGCUCGAGCUUUAGCAGGGGUGUUGCUUUUUUUCAUCUUCAUUGUCGGAAUGUGCAUGGUUUUAACUGACUUUGAAAAUGCCCAAGAGUAUACUCAGGUUCAGGAAGGCCGGGCCAAAGACGAACUGAUGACGGACUACGCGCAAGUCACCGAUAAGAUAAUCAGCAACAACGCGGAAGAGAAUGGAAGGAACGACACUAGUUCAGACCAAGAUUCGUCAGCUGUCUUUGCAGAGCCUGAUCUAAGUGUUUGUGUGGACAAACAUGUCUACCUGCUACUGUUGGUGUUUUCUCCUCCGGAAAACUCUGGUAUCCGGCAGGCGAUCAGGAAAUCAUGGGGCAAUCAGACAAAUACUGACCACAGCUACCUGACCGUAUUCGUGGUAAGUUCUGCCAGCGUGACAGAAGAGUCCUCAUUACACAAAGAAAUCACAGAGAAGAAAGACGUGCUCCUGGGAAACUUCCCCGAUUCCCCGCAACAAACAACAGAGAAGUUCGUCCUGGCUUUGAAAUGGCUUGCGCGCAUCGAACAUAAAUGUCGCCCGUGGUUUAUUCUGAAAUCAGUGGAUGGGAUUUUUCACAACAUCCGACUCUUGAUGAAAAAGCUGGAAAAAUCCAUUCAGCAACCGUACAACGUUUACCGCGGGAAAAUGGUGCGCAAUGAUAAACCCAACAGGAACCGGAAACACCCAAAUCACGUGCCGGUUGCCAAGUACCCCAAGGAAAGGUUUCCCGAUCUCAUUCAGGGGCCCCUCUAUCUGUUCUCGUUUGACGUCAUCUUGAGGUUAAACGCUGCCGUACGCAAGGUUCACCGGAUUGCCAUGGAGGAUGUCUACGUCGGUUUGUUAGCCGAAAAAGCAGGAAUCCUGCCGUACAACGACGAUAGUUUCAGCCUCAUGAAAAAGACUUCAAACGAAUGUAUAAAUGUGAAACUGUUGUUUGUUUAUGACGUCUCUCCUAAUGACCACAAUAAACUGUUUCAUUUAGUUAAAGAGGAACAGGCUCUUCACCGCUGCCAAACUUUGGUAGAGAAAGAAGGCCUUUAA